UCUCACCUAUCCUCCCCACCACCUCUAAUCACAACAACCCUAAGUCAACUAAAAAAAAUCCUCAAAUUCCAUUUCUCCAACAAAAAAUGGCAAAUCCUAAAGUCUUCUUCGACAUGACAGUCGGUGGCCAACCCGCCGGAAGAAUUGUCAUGGAGCUUUUCGCCGAUGUUGUCCCUAACACCGCCGAGAAUUUCCGCGCACUUUGCACCGGCGAGAAGGGUAUGGGCAAGAAGGGAAAACCCCUCCAUUACAAAGGUUCAAAAUUCCACCGUGUGAUUCCAGGAUUCAUGUGUCAAGGUGGUGAUUUCACCGCUGGAAAUGGUACUGGCGGUGAAUCAAUCUACGGUGAUAAAUUCAAGGAUGAGAACUUUGUGAGGAAGCACACUGGUCCGGGAAUUCUUUCCAUGGCAAAUGCUGGACCUAACACCAAUGGGUCACAGUUCUUCAUCUGUACUGCUAAGACUGAAUGGCUUGAUGGAAAACAUUGUGUUUUUGGUCAAGUUGUUGAAGGUAUGGAUGUUGUUAAGGCUAUUGAGAAAGUUGGAUCUAGUUCUGGUACUUGCUCUAAGCCUGUUGUUAUUGCUGAUUGCGGUCAGAUUUAAGUACUUUUCAUGGCAUCAUCGUCACCGGCAUAACAUCAUAAUCUGAUCAUAGAUCUUAGAUCUGAUCCUUCCAUCUAUCUAUCUAUCUAUGUUUUAGAAUUUUUUUUUUAGGGUUUUAGGAAAGAGGAAAGUGUGGUAACAUGUUGAAUGGAGAAGAGAGAUGGUGAGUGAGUGGUGUGUUUUUUUCUUCUUAUUUUGUCUGUUUUGCGAUGAUGUUGAUGAUGUUCGUUGUUCGUAAACUCAUGGUGAUUGUUUCUCUUCUCUAGCCAAUUGGAAAAAUAAUGGAAAUUUUAUCAUGAAUUA